AUGGUGGUCUUCUUAUUCUGAAGCUUCUUCUCUCUGGCCAUCAGCUGCAGAAUAUCUUGCCAUCCAAAUUGCAUAGACAAGCCUUCGUGCGACCUUAAAUGUGAAUGUCUUGAAAAAUCAGAUAUGACUGAGGCGUUUUCUGUGGAUUUUAAAGAUAACAAGAUUAACUUUCGUAAUGUGACAGAUGAGGAUGUAAAAUGAUUCGAAGAAAAGAUGGGAUGCAGUCUUUAUUGUUUAGAAGACUGCAAUAAAGAAAAGAAGCUCUUUGAUUGUUUUAAUUUUUGUGGCUGCAAAUCUUAUUUAAUUCCUGUUCCACCUGAAGAAACAAGCAAUAAUAAAACUGCUGGAGAGUCUUCACCAUCGGAAUCUACCCUUUCGGCGUAUUCUAAUCCACCUGCAGUUUCAAUAUUUAAUGUUGACCAAGCUGGAGUAGACCCUGACUGUCGAAAUUUAUGUAAUGAAUUAUGCCUUGGAAAAGACCUAAAAACAUGCAUCCCUCAAUGCCUUGAAAAAUUUUGUGGGAUAAAAACUAUUCAUACAGAUCAAGAAAGCAUGACUAGUGAAAUAGGCAUAGGAGUUGGGGUUAUAGCAAUUGCUAUUAUUGCAUUCAGACAAUUAAGAGCAGGCAGAAGAAAUGAAAUUUUCAAUGGAUAUAUUAAACUUUAA